GGUCAAACCUCUGUAAGAUACCAACACCUGCACAUAGAGUGAUUGUACAUUUUGACCUGGACUGCUUUUAUGCUCAGGUGGAAAUGAUGAGAAACCCAGCAUUAAGAGAUGUCCCUUUAGGUAUACAGCAGAAGAACAUCAUAGUCACCUGUAACUAUGUGGCGAGGGAGCAAGGCCUCACCAAGUUGAUGUCUAUUACUGAUGCAAUGGAGAAAUGUCCUCAGAUGGUGCUGGUUAAAGGAGAAGACCUGACACACUACAGAGAAAUGUCCUAUAAAGUGACAGAGCUGCUGCUGUCCUACUGUCCGUUGGUAGAGAGGCUUGGAUUUGAUGAGAACUACAUGGACAUCACAGAGAUAGUAGAGACAAGGCUGGCACAAACUCUGGAGUCUAACAACUAUUCAUUUAAAGGACAUGUCUACAACCAUUUCAGUGCAGAAACUAAAGCCGCAGACCACCCGAGGCUGGCUUUAGGUUCACACAUUGCAGCAGAGCUGAGAGAAGUCAUCCACAGCAAACUGGGCCUGACUGGUUGUGCUGGCGUCGCCACUAAUAAGCUACUAGCCAAACUGGUGUCAGGCACCUUCAAACCCAACCAGCAAACCACACUGCUGCCGGAGAACGUCAGUGACAUCAUGGGCUGCCUGAGCAGCCUCCGCAAAUUACCAGGGGUGGGACACCAAACCACAAAGAGACUUCAGGCCCUGGGAUUAGUCAGCAUGAAAGACCUACAGCAGUUCCCAUUGACUGACUUGGUGAGAGAGUUUGGAGGCCCCAGUGCGCAGCGCCUGAAGAAUCUCGUCCUCGGUGUUGAUGACUCUCCUGUCACCCCUACUGGGGCCCCUCAGUCUCUUAGUGAUGAAGACUCCUUUAAGAAAAUCUCAUCAACUAAAGGUGUGUUGGAGAAGAUUCAAGAGCUCCUGAACAGCCUGGUGGGGAGGAUGCACAAAGACGGCAGGCAGCCUCAAACCUUCCGGCUUACGGUUCGUAAAUACUCAGCGACCAACAAGUGGUUCAGUCGGGAGAGCCGGCAGUGUCCAAUCCCCAACAACAUUGGACAGAAGAUCACAUCUGGCAGCAGUGAUGAUGCUGUGGCCCAGCUGGUCCCAUUGGCCAUGAAGCUUUUCCACAAGAUGGUGGACACCAGCGCAGCCUUUCACCUCACCCUCCUUAACGUUUGCUUCAGUAACCUGCAGACCAGAGGACCUGCUGCCAGCGGAAAGGGCUCAAUAACGUCUUUCUUUUCACACAGCACGUCUCCAACAAAAACACAAAUCCUCUCAUCACAAAGCCAGGACGAUUCCUCUCGGAGCGGGGAUAGCCACCACACGGAUCAUCGGUUCACCACCCACAGCAUGAUUACUCAACAUACCUCACAAAAGACAGUCUCCACAAAAAGCCCCUCUAGCUCUGAGGCAGCAUUACGUGGGUUCAAAAGAAAACAGAGCACUGUUGUCCCUGGAGAAGCGCCUCAGCUUCGGAAAGUAACCUGCAGCACAGUGGGUUCAGACCCUGAUGACACAAAUAACACUGUGACACAUAGACUGCCCCCAAAUGUUGAUCCGGAAGUGUUCAGGCUUCUCCCAGAGGAAAUCCAGAAGGAGCUGUUAUCUCCUGCCUACACAAACUCCCUUACCAGCUCUCUGAUGGCUACUAGCAGCCAGUCCACCUCUGUUACAGUCACUGAUAUGCCCCAAAUAUCAGAGAACACCUCUCUUCAGUGCCCUCCACCCUCCAAACAUGUCCCACAGUCAUUAUCAGACUCACAAAAUGUCACAGACAGAAAAGAAGCUGUGAACAGAUUUGUUCCAUCUGACAGAGCGACCACCGUGAACAACCAGCAGCCUCGGGAAACAUGUUCAGCUACCGUAGAAAACAUGAUGGAAGAAGGGAGACUCUCAUUCCCUCAGUCUUCUGACUGUGAGUUCCCGGUAAAUGUGGACCCCGAGGUGUUUUCUGAGCUCCCGCCGUCUGUUCAGAGAGAGUUGAUGUCUGAAUGGAAGCAACAGAAGCCGGUUCUGAAGAUCCCCGCAUCGAGUAAACUGGGUAAAAGCUUGAUGACCAAAGACAAAAAAGAAAAAGCAAAAAAAAGCAGUCAGGCAAACAAUUUGUUGAAUUAUUUCAAACCCAGUUAGAGAAGGACACGUGACUUCUGCUUGAGAUCAUUUAUGAUGAUAAAACUGUAUUUUAGUAUUAUUUCUAUUGAAGAGUAUUAGAAUAUUUUAUUUGUAAUGUUUGAGUUGUUUCUCUUAUACAGCACUCUGUAUUAUCCAUUCAGAUAAUAACUAUUUGGUGACGCUGUUUGGUUUUUGGGGACACUACUGUAAAAUAAAAUGAAGAGAAAAAGAC